AUGCCUCCCACUCUCAACCAAGCUCGCCCCUACGGCAACUCUGUCGCCUUCUUGACCGACAAGGAUGUUCUUGAUAACGCAACAAAUAUCAUCCCUCCCCCUCUGCCUGCUGUCAUCUGUUACGGACGAGUCAAAGAUCCAGAGCCGUGCGUGCCCAAGGCCCGGUGGAAAGGCGUUUUUGGUGACAAUCUGUAUCUUCAGACGGACGGUGAUGUUGUGGAGGAUCCGGAAAUUACUCUUGAAGAGAUCCGUCUCUUGGAGACCCACGAGCCCAUUCGAUCCAUCUUUCAGUCUGUCCCUCCUUCCAGCAGCACUGAGAGAACUCGCAUCCUCGAUCUGUGCUGUGGUCAAGGACGACAUGUUCUCCAACUGGCAGAGCUGUACCCUCAUCUGGAACUCCACGGCCACGAUCAGUCCCAGUACUUGAUUGAACUUGCCCAGUCGAGAGCUGCAGCUGCAGACGUGUCCGAUCGCGCGUCGUUCACGAUCGGAGACUGCCGCGCGAUUCCUCACGACGACGAUUCGUUCUCGCUUGUGAUGGUGAUGGGAAAUUCGUUUGGUUACUUUGCGACUGACAAUGCCAACGUGAACCUUCUCAAGGAGAUCCGUCGGAUUUUAAAGCCUGGUGGAUUCGUGGUGAUGGAUAUUCCCGACGGUGCAUACCUGCGCAAGAACUUUUCGGCCCGUGGCUGGGAAUGGAUUGACGACACCAUGAUUGUCUGCCGGGAGCGAGAGCUGAGCAAGGACAAGAAGCGGCUCAUCAGUCGCGAGGUUGUGAUGUUGACUGGAAAGGGUGUGAUCCGCGACCAGUUCUACGCAGAGUGUCUGUACAACCUUGCUGAGGUUCAUCAGCUUGUGCGCGAGUCUGGGCUGGUCCCUGAGCAGAGGGAGGAGGACGUGGAGGAUAACACGAUUGGACGCGACAUGAGCAAGCGAGGCGAGGAUCUGGGUAUGAUGGAGAACCGCCACCUCGUCCUUGUCUCCAAGCCGUUGCUCUAG